AUGUAUCUAAUGGUCAGUACUAGACCAAAUUUAGCCUAUGCCAUUAGUGUACUAAGCAAGUACAUGUCAAACCCAGGUAAACAACACUGGGAGGCUAUGAAGUGGUUGUUCAGGUACCUAUUGGGAUCUAUAGAAGUGGGAUUGAACUACAAGAGAAGGGACAAUAGUAGAAUGAUCACUGGGUACAGUGAUGCAGACUAUGCAGGUGACAGAGACAGUAGAAAAUCUACCUCUGCCUAUUUCUUUACACUACGGGGGAAUUGUAUCAGUUGGAAAGUACAACUGCAGCCUGUUGUAGCAUUAUCUACAACAGAAUCUGAGUAUGUAGCUGUUACAGAAGCAAUUAAAGAAGCUAUUUGGCUUAAAAGACUACUAGAAGAGCUAAAACUACUUGAAGAAGAACCUAUAAUCUACUCAGACAGCCAGAGUUGUAUCCACUUGUGUAAGAAUCCUGUCUUUCAUGACAGAACCAAACAUGUAGAAAUUAAGUACCACUUUAUACGAGAUAAAGUGACACAGAGGUUGUACAGAUAG